AUGUCUGCAAGGUGCCCGGCGGGCUCCUAUUUCGGUAAAGCCUCGGCCCUUGGAGGUACGUCGGCAUUAUCGCAGGAGAAACGAAAAAUCAAUAAAUUGGGUCUGGGUUACGCAGUGCACCGUAUUCGUAUUGACUUUAAAUCUAUCUCAACUGAGGCAGACAUUAUUUCUCCAUCCGGAAACCGCCCUUUCAUCUCCUCUCUACCCCCUUCAGAGCCUCCUUUUGGAUCUCUGAACUUUAGCAUCGCGUCGCGUAGCUCCAGUUCUCCCAACAAAUUUACCCCGAUCGACUUAACGUCGUUCACCACGGAUUACCACCAGCAACCAUGGCUUCCAUCACCCCCACCUCCACAGCCCUUGGCUUCCAAUCAGAACAACAACAACAGCAACAACAACAGUGCACUCGAGGACUUUGUGCUUUAUCCAUCAGCCACACCACACCCGCAGCCCCGCUUGCGUGUGCCUGUGAACACAACCCAUAGACCUUCUGCACUCCAGCCAUUCUUGGCGCAGAAUAACCCCCGACGACACUCUUUCAGUCUGCAGUUGCACCGACAUCUCCAGCAGCAGUUCUCUGGUUCACCUGUCCCAGACCCCAGAGUGACCCAGCUUGCCCGGUCCCCCUCUUAUUGGUCCCGUCCUACGUUCACGCACCACCGUUCUAAUACGGCUUCUGUGCCUUCCGAUUCUCCAAACACCAACCGCCCACCCAUCCCGCUUUUUAACGGUCAAAACCAAAACACGCCACCAUAUCGACGUGUCAUGUCCACCCCUAACUUCAUGGAAGCUAACGAGGUUGACCUGUUUGGUCUCCCCUCGGGCGACUUCGCCGCUGGCAUGGAUUCAGCUCUUUCAUUCAACGAUCUCGGCCUGGCCAACUUCUCCCCUGAAGGUCCCCCGGGCACUAUCUCGCCGAGGGAUCUCAUGAUGGAUGCGUCUGUUCCUCCCUCCGGUACUUUCACCGACCUGAGCACUCCCUCGUUCGAGUCGCCCGGCAACUUCAGCCAAAACACCUCGCCCAUGUUCACCGACAUGGAUAUCGCUGGCCACGAAGAAUGGCCCUCUCUUUUCGACCACUCGUCAGACCCACUCAAUGCCUUCGACCUUGCUACCUUGGAUGUCGCAGCUGCCUUCACUGAACCGAAGAAGCCAGCCAUGACGACAAUCUCCAUGUCUCCUGUCUCCCCCCGCGCCAAGCGAUCGGCCGCAUCCUCGCCUGUUCCCGCCUCCGGUACAGCCAAGCACUCCAGCGUCGCAGGUGUCAAUGCGCGAUCGCGUAAGAACCUGUCGCCUGUUGAGUUCGACCCCAAUGAUCCUAUUGCUGCUAAGCGCGCUCGUAACACCGAAGCGGCCCGCAAGUCGCGUGCCAAGAAGAUGGAGCGCCAGUUCAGCUCCGAGCGCCGCAUCGAGGAUCUCCAGAAGAUCAUCGCCGAACGCGACGCGGAGAUUGCCAAGCUUAAGGCUCAGCUCCAGAUUCAAAAUGCCUACCAGUAA